UAUUGGAAAUCAAAAGCUGUAGCGUUAUUUUGUAACAAAGGAGGUGAUUUGCCAAACGUUUCCAUUGGAAGAACACAAAUGAGCGGAUGGGAAAUCGGUGAAUAUGGUGGAAUAAAUUCGCUUAGAUUUAGCGAUAAUUUAGAAUUACCCGUAAUUAGAUCGUCAAAUGAGGUAUUCGUUGAAGUUUACACUACAGCCGUUAAUUCGCUUGAUCAGCUCAUGACAGAGGGCUAUGGACAACGAGUGCUAAACACGCUCCGUUGGAUUAGCAAAAUUAAUGAGUUCCCAUUAAUUUUGGGAAGAGAAUUUUGUGGCGUUGUUCGAGCAAAGGGUCAGUCAGUGCGCGCAGAUAUUCAGAUUGGUGACAAAGUUUGGGGAGUUGUACCGCCGCAUCAGCCGGGAUCUAUUGCCGAAUAUGUCGUCGUUGAUCAAUCAGUUAUAACACGAAAGCCAGAGGGCAUUGAUGACAUUGGCGCAGCUGGAAUAUUGUAUGCAGGAUUGACGGCUUGGUCGAGUUUGUAUAUUUGGGGUUUAGCUGGUGGUCUUCAAGGAUUGAAAACGUCAAAAGGCGGAGGAAAAGGAAAACGUCUGUGCAUUUUGGGUGCAUCCGGUGGAGUUGGCACGCUGGCGGUUCAAAUGGCCAAAGCUGAAGAGAUGAUAGUCACCGCCACUUGCAGCACGAACUCUGUGCAAAUGGUCAAGGAUCUUGGCGCUGACCAUGUUAUCGAUUACAGAAAAGAAGAUCUCAAAGAGGCAUUCCGUGGCUUAAGCUUUGACAUAAUUCUCGAUGCUGCUGGCUUAGGAUCAGACUAUGCUACAACACUUCCGUGGAGCUUUAGCCAGUACAUCACGCUACAGCCUCCAGUUCUCAACAAUACUGAUGCAAAUGGUCUCAUUCUCGGAACCCUCAAGAGCGCUAUAAACCUUCUACAAAGCAACGUUAAAACCAUCUACGGCUACAAAGGACUAUUGAAAUGGGGUUUCUUUGUGCCAGCACCACAAGGCAUCGAAUACUUCCGACGACAAGUCGAAAGCGGCAAAAUCAAACCAAUCAUUGAUACGGUUUAUGAUUUCAAUGAAACAAAAGAAGCAUUCGAUAAGGUGGCCAAAGGUCAUUUGCGUGGGAAAAUUAUUAUAAAAGUUAAAAAUGACUGAACAAACAUUUUAAUCGUAUUGAUGUCAAUUGUCAAGUUUAAUUUUUUACGAAAACACGUACAUCGAAUGAAUUGGAUGUGUGCUGUCAUAGUUUACAUAAGAUAGUUCACAAAAUGCAGUUAAUCUUACUGUAUUGUAUAAAAAAAAAUUUGAUUAAAAUAUGAAUCGUUUGAAAAAUCA